AUGGAUUGCUGCGAAUUCGACACCAAAGAUGAGGCCCAAUUCGCCUCUGAUGGCGAAGGGGAAGCUUUCGAUUGGAACUCGGUGAGCCUUACAGAAAGUGAAGAGCUGAUACUGACCCCUCUGAUGCUCCAAUCCAUCGACGGUCGCCUUUCUACCUCAUUUGGCGAUGCAGAUGGCGAGGGAGAAGCACCCGUUACGACCGGCACGUCGGGCGGUUCGGGCGGCGUCGUGCCACCCUUUGGCAAUGCCCACUUCGUGGCGGUGGCCUACAACGGCAACAAGAGCGACGAGGAGGUGCAGAGCGAGCAGCUCGACAACGGCGACGAGGGCUUGAGUCUAGGAAAGCAGCCAUGGGGCGUGCGUACCCUACAAGAGCACCACAACCGCAGGAAGCUCAGCAGCGGCUGCCGAAUCAAGUUUGCGGUUGUUGACGUGGGGCGGUGCUGGCGAAGGCGAGACAACGAAAGAGUGUCUGCGGCGCUGGCGGACGACGACAGGGUGCAUGUCACCACACGAGGUGCCAACUUUGACCUGGUGCUCCGAUACCGACCUGAUGGCCGCUUCCUCCUUGCUGGGCUCGUCUUGCGGCAACCGCCAUCGGGCUGGCCCUACCCGGUCCGUAGCGUGGCGGUGUGGGGCUACGGGGCAUCCGACGACGAAGCGGAGCCCGUUCCAGGCGAGUACUCAGAGUGCUUCAACGACCUCGACGAGGGUAGGAGCCUGGUGCAGGAUGAGGUCCCUUCGGAUCUGGUUCUUCCUCUGCCGCUCGCCUACCUCCACAUCGGACCAGACGAUCGUGCCGUCUACGUGCCCUUGCAUAGGCCGGUCCUGGUCAAGUAUCUCCACGUCAAGUUCAUCUCGGCCUACAACACACGCAGCAACGACAGGGCGCCCAACAUCGAGGUCGGGUUCUUGGGCCUGACCGGACUUUGCGUGCCGCCGGGCGGUCGUCUGUUCGACAGCAAGGUGAGCGCCGAAGAAGAGCAGAUCAUGUUCACGAAGCGGCUCCCGCCGGCCAUGGUCUACGGCUACAGGCCACCACCGGUGCUGAUCUCCCUCACCGAGGAGUUCUACGACUACAUGCUCUCGCAUCGAUUCGUCUACCUCUUCCCUCAAAAUGCCCUGGCGCACCACUGCCUGCAGACCCUCAGCCGCUAUGCCACACCCUUUGAAGACCUGCGAGCGAUGCUCAACGAGGUCAUCAAGGAGGGCACCGUGCCGAGCGUGGGUGAUUUGGCCUUCUUCCAUGGACCCUCACCCUUCGACGCUCAGCUUGCCAGGCUGUGCGGGCUCUGGAACGAAAACCCAACCAUUGCCUUCAUCGAUCUGCACAACCAGCUGUUCUACGUCAGCAACAACGUCGAUCUGACCACAGAGAAGGUGCGCGGCUUCUUGCAUGACUGCUUGGCCGGUACCUAUCCCCGCCAGAUGCGGCCUUCGGAGCUCGCGCGAAUCGGCCGCCUUGGCAGCGGCGCAUUCGGGUCCGUGUUCAAGGCCGUUCACAAGCCCACCGGCGAAGAGGUGGCGGUGAAGGUCUUGACCGAGUCGAAGCCUGAGGAAGUCGCUCUGCUCCAGAUGUGCCGUGAAUGUCCGGAGAUUGUGCAGUGUCGCGCUUCCUUCAAGAAUCCCAGAGCCGACAGCAUUUGGGUGGUGCUGGAAUAUUGCGGUGGUGGUAGCGCCUGGGACCUCGUGGACGACAUGCUCUUCCAGAUGAAAGAGGAACAUGUGGCCACUAUUCUCAAGAGCGUGCUCACGGCCCUGGUCUACCUCGAGGAACACGGUAUCCUGCACCGUGAUAUCAAGCCCGACAACAUACUCUUUACGGCAGACGGCCAUGUCAAGUUGACCGAUCUAGGGUGCGGCCGCGUGUUGAAGAAGGGCGACAUGGCAGUAAGCCAGGCGGGACAUAUAGUCACGCGGCCGCCAGAAAUGGGUCGCAUGUACUAUGACCACAGAUCCGACAUCUGGAGCGUGGGCAAGGUCGCCCUCCUGCUGGCCCGUCUGGCCAAGCUGCCCGAGGUGAUCCAAAUCCAGCACGCUGAGGACGUGGAGUAUGGUGACUGGCACCCAUUCCUCCGCAACUUCGUCCAGCGCUGCCUUCAGCCUCAGCACAGCCGAGACAACGCCGCCUCGAUGCUACAGGAUCCAUUCAUCACCACGUUUGCGAGAGAUCACACCCUCUUCAGGGACUACUGCCAGUUCGUGGAGCUCGCAAAGAGGAAUCAGUUGAAUCAAGUCAAGCCCGUCAUCAGCCUGCUGGAUCAGUUGCGCUUGAAGGAUGAGUCAACGAACCAGAUUGCGUUCAUCCUCGAUGUGUUCUCAUCGACCCUCCAACGUUGCACGGGGAACGAGCACCUGCACAUUGACCUCAAGGAGGCCCUCGAAUUGGCCUUGAUCGACCACACCACCCGUAUCCUCAUCAUCGGCGGCACACGCGAGGGAAAGUCAUCGUUCAUCAACGCCUUGGCCGGAGCUAAACUCUGUAAGGUGAGCAGCGUGCUCAAGGAGACCAUGGGCUGUGAGUGGCGAGAUCUGAACCUGGGCAGGGACAAGAUCAAGAUCAUGGACUCCCGCGGCAAUGCCGAAUUCGAUAGCAACGUGGUGUACGAGGAUGAGGACUUCAAGUCCUUCGUCUACAUCCCGGAGAAGACUCCUCUCCAGCUGAUCAAGGAGGAGCUGCGCAAGGGCCAUCCGGACAUCGUCAUCUUCGUGGCCAAGGCCAAGCAGCUCGACACCCAACAAAACAAGGAGAACCUACUGUUCCUGAAGGAGGUCCUCCAGUUCAUCAGGGAAAGCAAUCCCAGGCGGCCGUUUCCCUGCGUGCUCGGGGUCGCCUCGCAGGUCGACGAGCUGGACCCAGUCAGACGACCGCCCGCCGAUAAACUUCCCGUGAUUGAGCAGGCGCGGACGAUCCUGCACUCCCGCAUGGAGGAAUGUCUUCGGCCUCUCUUCGAGCAGGUGGCGAACGAGAGCAUUGAAGUGGGCACUUCGGUGACGCUGGACUUCCAGCUCGCUCCGAAGCUGAGCACAUUUGCCGUAUGCAGCGUCGUGGAGUGGUCCGACGACGGCACGGAGAUCGUUGAGGAUCACCGCUGGGGCAUCGAUGCUGUGCGCCGUCACCUGACCGAGGACGGCAGCGUUCGCGUUACACUCGGCCUGGACCAGCCUCGCCUGGUAGCCAGGGCAUGGGCCAACUACUACGGCCAGUUCAUCAACCUCGUGCUGACCGAGCAGCUCAACGUGCCCAUUCAGAUUUGGGUGCUCCUGGCUCAGCUGGUCGUGUGUACCGGUCUAGUCACCAGGACGCCCCACUCCAACAUCAACUCGUUCUUUGAGCAGCUUUGCUUCGUCGACGUGCCGGGCAAGCCGGGACAUAUCUACGUCUACCGGGGCAUGUUCUCGUGGAAGUAUCGUCUCCUGCACUGCACCGAGCUGCUCAAUCGUGUGGCUGAGGCCCUGGGUGAGUUCAUCGUGAAGGGCCACAUCCACAGCACGCCCGCCACCUUCGAACGGCUGCUGGCCAUCUUGUGGGCCGCCUGA